CGUCACGUGCGCCCAAGUCCUCGGCCGGCCGGGGGCAGCGCCGUUCCCAUGGUUCAAGGCUGUUGAUGGAGAAGGGGGCGGAUGACAGCCGGGACCGUGGUCAUCACUGGGGGCAUCUUGGCGACUGUGAUUCUGCUCUGUAUCAUCGCUGUUCUGUGCUACUGCCGGCUCCAGUACUACUGCUGCAAGGAAGAGUCGGAGGAGGACGAGGAGGAGCCUGACUUCGCCGUGCACGCGAACCCGCCUCCGCUGCCCUGCGGCCGCAGCCUGGUGCUCACCAACGGGCCGGCGCUCUACCCGGCCGCCUCCACCUCCUUCAGCCAGAAGAGCCCGCAGGCCCGCACCCUCUGCCGCAGCUGCUCCCACUACGAGCCGCCCGCCUUCUUCCUGCAGGAGCCCGAGGACGAGGACGUGCGCAACGGCGGCGAGCGCGUGGCCUACCAGAGCGUCAGCCAGGAGGACGCCGAGCCGCCGCCGGGGGCCUUCGGGGGCCUGCAGGCGCUCAACCCCAACCGCCUCUCGGCCAUGCGGGAGGCCUUCUCCCGGAGCCGCAGCAUCAGCACCGACGUCUGAGCAGCCUCGCCCGCCCGACGGGCCCCCAGACCAUGGUGGGGUCCCCGGGGCGCGUCAGCCUGG